GCCAAGUCGAACUCGUGGAAAAUCUGAUGCAAACGCUUGACGUUCAAUAACAAAACCAGAUAUAAUAACUCCACGUAACAGACAAACUAUUUUGACCCGGACAUGCAGUGAUAUGUACAUUAUAGACGACGCUUCUAUCGAGCAAAGUGAUUUUCUUUAAACAUUUCAAAUAUUGCUCCAACGCUUGUGAGUUUAAAACACAACAACCGUUACCUCGCCAUUGUAUUGGCUUCUUGAUCAGCAUCAGUCUCACCCCAUAAGUGAUAUUACGCCACACAUCCUCUCCAAUGCCGAUGUUGCUGCAGAGCAUCAAGGUGGUCAACCUGAUGGUGCUGAUGCUGUUCCUGGGAUGUGCCUUCUACAGCCUGUGUGUGCACAGCGAGACACCCCCAGGCAAAGAGGGGGCACUGACAGUAGUUGAGACAGAUGAGGAUGACAAUGAUGGAAUAAUAUCCAUAGAAGAGAAUGGAGAGGACGAGGGAAACAAGAAAGUAGAGGAAUAUGAUGUCUUCUAUCCAACUAGAGAAUGGCAGACAGUCAAAAAAGGCCAGGCCAUACCAAAAGGGCUGCAUGUGAGGAUGAACUUAGAAAAAGGUGUGACAGAAGCCAAACUCAAUGAAGAUGAAGGUGGAAAUAAGUUCUGGCAAGCCGGAUCUCAUCAAGGCAUGGUCAACACUGACAAGAAGUCAUUUUCCCGAGAUGAGUUGAAGAAGGCACUGAAGGACUUCAAGUCUCACACAGACACCAGUGGCCAGGAUCCCAAGUCAGCAGCAGAGGUUACAGAAGAAGUUCAGGUCAUACAAUGA